GUCGUUUUUGGUAGAGAAAAAUAUUUUGUGUGUGGAAUUAAUUGUUAAAAUUGUGUCAAAUAAUUAAUAAAAAGUAACAAAAACUAUGUGUACACUUGCUCCUAAAAAGGACGGAAGUCCUAAUAUAGAAUUUUUCAAUUCAGCUGAAUCCUUACAGGGCUUUGAGACAAUACGACAGUGGUUGCAAAAAAAUUGUAAAAAGUAUUUGGCCAGCAGCAAUGAACCCAUCACCAAGGAAUCUUUGGCCCAGUUGCUUAUACAAUUUCUACAGUAUUUGGAGGCAAGAUUGGGCAAGAAUUCACAAGAACAGCCAACAACGCGUAUACCGAUGCGUUGCUUUUUGGAUUUCAAGCCUGGAGGUGGUCUCUGUAUUAUAUUCUCGAUUAUGUUUCGUUUCCGUGCCGAACAACGAGGCAAAAAAUUAGAUUUUUCUGUUGGCAAAAAUCCCAAUCGUAAAGAUCCAAAUGUACAAUUACUUAUAGAUAUUGAACAGGCCUUGAUUGAAGCCGAUCACUAUCGUAUUCCGUAUAUUUACAUUCGCCCCGAGGUAGACAAACAACUGGCUACACGCUUGAAGGAAAUUUUGGCAAUACGUCGCGUAGAAAUUGUCGCCGAUGAGGAAGACGCAACGCAUAUAAUUUAUCCCGAAGUGGAUCCUCAUCCCGACGAAUAUGCCCGUCCAGUAUUUAGACGUGGCAACCAUGUCAUGAUGCAUUGGUAUUAUUUUCCCGAAUCAUAUGAUACAUGGACCGUGAAUACAUUAGAUUUGCCGGAUAAUCUUUUUGAAAAUCCGGAAUCACCAGUUGAACGUUGGCGUGUUUCGGCCACCUGGAUUAUUGAUUUGGAACAAUAUAAUGAAUGGAUGGCCGAAGAGGAUUACGAAGUUGAUGAAAUGGGUAAAAAGAAAACUCAUAAAUUACGAUUGUCCAUAGAUGAUAUUAUGUCGGGUGGUGUUGACGACAAGAAAAAAGCAGCUGGUGGUGCUACACCAGCAGGGGCUAAACAAAAACGUAGACGUUCUCCAUCGCCCAGCUCAUCCAAGCCGGGUAAACGUAAGCGUUCGCCGGCCGUUUUACAUAAGAAAUCACGUAACGAUGAGGAGGAUGAGGAUUUGACUCGUGAUAUGGAAGAUCCACCGGCUGAAACAAAUCUCCAAGAGGUUAUUAAGAGCAACACUUUGCAGUCGACUGCAAGUCCAGCACCGGGUAGUAAAUCCAGGGCCGAUAAUGAUAUGGUUCCCAUUAAAGGUGGCACCCUAACAGAUUUGGAUGAUGAAAUGACCGGUGGCAGUGGUACCCAAGCCUUGUCCGCCUGUGAUGGUGAAAAUUCUCAAACUGGCAAAACAAGUGACAAUAGCAAUACCCAAGAAUUUUCUUCUUCGGCCAAAGAAGAUAUGGAGGACAAUGUCACCGAGCAGACACAUCACAUUAUUGUACCAUCUUAUUCGGCAUGGUUCGAUUACAAUUCCAUUCAUGUUAUUGAAAAGCGUGCAAUGCCUGAGUUCUUCAAUUCUAAGAAUAAAUCAAAGACCCCCGAGAUUUAUAUGGCCUAUAGGAAUUUCAUGAUUGACACUUAUCGCCUGAAUCCAACAGAAUAUCUUACAAGUACUGCUUGUCGGCGUAAUUUGGCCGGUGAUGUUUGCGCCAUUAUGAGGGUCCAUGCAUUUCUUGAACAAUGGGGUUUAAUUAACUAUCAAAUUGAUGCUGAGUUGCGUCCCACACCCAUGGGACCACCACCAACAUCACACUUCCACAUUCUGUCGGAUACUCCUUCAGGCAUACAGUCUUUGAAUCCACAAAAGACACCACAACCAUCUGCAGCAAAAACUCUUUUAGAUUUGGAUAAGAAACCAUCAGGUGGAGCUGCCGCGGCCGCAACCGCUGCUACCGGUGCCAGCAAGGAUAUUAAGGAGGAUUCGUUGGAUAAGGCACCCACAGUUGGUAUUAAAACAGAACCCACUGAGAAUGGAGCAAGCAUUCCUCCUCCCGCAACCGGACAAUUUGGCUUGAAAUUGGAUCAAUAUGCCAAAAAGCCAGCCGCCAUGAGAAAUCGUACUGCUGCCAGUAUGUCAAGAGAAUGGACCGAUCAAGAGACUUUACUCUUGCUCGAAGGUUUGGAAUUGUAUAAGGAUGAUUGGAAUAAAGUGUGUGAACAUGUGGGUACACGUACACAAGAUGAAUGUAUUCUACAUUUCCUACGUUUGCCGAUUGAAGAUCCCUAUCUUGAGGAUGAUGGUGGAUUUUUGGGUCCCCUAGGAUGCCAGCCUAUACCAUUUAGUAAGUCUGGCAAUCCCAUAAUGUCAACAGUGGCAUUUUUGGCUUCGGUGGUAGAUCCUCGAGUGGCAGCGGCUGCAGCUAAGGCGGCCAUGGAAGAAUUCGCCGCCAUCAAGGAUGAAGUACCGGCAUCAAUUAUGGACAAUCACAUGAAGAACGUUGAAAAGGCCUCAGCUGGGGGUAAGUUUAAUCCCAGUUAUGGUUUGGCUAGCAGUGGUAUUGCUGGUACUGGUACUGAUAAAGAAGACGAAGAUCCAAAUAAUCCCACAGUUGGAGGUACACAACAGCCUACACCAGGAACGGUGGAUGAAGAAAUGAAAGACAUUUCCAAGAAAGAUGAUACUUCUGCAAUGGAUCCUAAGGAUAUAAAAACCGAAGAGAAUAGUGGAGAUGGUACCACAUCUGGUGAUGGUUCAGCCAACAAAGAUGCAAAUGAUUCUUCAAAACAAGUUUUCAAUGAAGUCAAUGUUCAGACAGCGGCAGCAGCAGCUUUGGCAUCGGCCGCUGUAAAGGCCAAACAUUUGGCGGCCUUAGAAGAACGAAAAAUAAAAUCUUUAGUAGCCCUGUUGGUUGAAACACAAAUGAAGAAGUUGGAAAUAAAAUUACGUCAUUUUGAAGAGCUGGAGACAACAAUGGAACGAGAACGUGAAGGUUUAGAGUAUCAGAGGCAGCAACUUAUUGCUGAACGACAACAAUUCCAUUUGGAGCAAUUAAAAGCAGCCGAGUUUAGAGCACGUCAACAGGCUCAUCAUCGUUUGCAGCAGGAGCAGCAAUGGCAAGGAACAGGGGCUCCAGGUUCGGCAACAGCACCACCAAAUGCAGCAGCACCAGGUGGGGCAAGUGGACCCAGUACAGCACCUCAUGCACCAGGUGCGACAACGGGAACAUCAGCAGGUGGGCCCUUAGCACCUAAUGCAUCGGGAGCGACACCAGGGGCACCAUCUUCAACAAAUGCAGCCGUGGGAGGACCCUCCAAUGCAAAUGCUGCUAUAGCAGCAGGUGCUCCUCCAAGCGCGCCAGCUGCUACACCAAUGGAUACAACUCCAGCACCCGCAGUACCGCCAACCUCUAUUCCUCCUGCCAGUGGAGCUUCAGAAGCGACAGCUGUUAGCACACCCCCCACAGGUCAACCACCUCUAGCCGCUGGAACAAACGCCUCCGGUUCAGUUGUACCUCCAAAUGUUGCUGCUCCAUCACUCACUACCACUCCAACAGCUGGACCACCAGCCACAGUCGGACCAGGUGCCCCUGGAAUACCACCUGCCUAA